CCGUAUGUGUGUUAUCUGAAUGAUGAUUUGAAGCUGGGGGCUCAGCUCAGGCGUACAUGAAUGUGGACCGACGGUGGACACGUGCCCUACCAGGUCGGCACGCACAGUGGCGCACUGCGGCGGCUGCCUCGUCUGGGAGGGAUGCUGCUGUCCAUGCAUCCUAUUCCUAUGGCGUCUGGAAUUAACACGAACCGAUUCGCGAAAAUAACAGGGACCGGUCUCUGCUCUCCGCUCUCGCUACCGCCAUUAUGCUUUCCUUUUUCUUUUCAAUUACCGGUGUCUGUCGACAUAGCAUUGCUAUAUUCGGCAUAAAGGAAAUGUCGGGGAGGGAACAUCACGUUUUCAGCCCCUCUCCCACACAAGCUACUCAUAUAGGGUUUUCCCGCCUCCUGCCGGUGUCGUCGCUGAUCUGACUUAUCUUCUGUGGCCUCAGGGCAAUGGAGAUGUGGUGGAUCCCGACACUUGCUGGUGGGAGGGCUCUUGCUUUAUUUUUAGAUGUUUUUUUGAGUUUGUUUACUGUUUAUAUCCUGUUUAGAAAGAUGAGACGGCGGCGGCUUCCUGAAGUUGGAUCCGGUCUUCGUUCAUCUGUGCUUGUGUGUCUCCAUGUUGAAUCCUUCUAAUCGACACUUCUCUUCAUCAACGACGUUUGUUGUUCCGGUGUGCUGGUCCUAUUGGGCCUUGGCACGACGACUCGAGUGUCUACUAUACCAAAACCUAUUUGGACGGUAACAUUGAAGGAGAAGAACAAGCUAUGAUACCUAAUGUAGCGUUGUUGACAACAGCGUAGCCGCUACAGCUCCAGUUCCAAGUUCCAAGGACCUAGUCGACAAGGCCAAGAAGCUUCCCCAAUGGCUUGCAAUCCCAAACUGCCCGUUGAUCGUUGUACUCUACUUAUAGCCAUUGUCUUUCUUCUUUAGCUAGGAUUUGGACGACUGUGACCGUGGCUUGUUCGUUGUAAUGGAUAGAAGUGAGUGUGGUUAGGUGGAACUUCUAACUAAACUCGAAUUCUAGAUCAAGCUUCCAUGAAAUUCCUAGUCCUUGUGAGUUGAAUCUAGUGAGUAGCUCACAAUUGGUAUUUAGAGCCUUCGUCCUGGAGAUCCCGCUUCACAGCCACACGCACUUUAUUCAGUCAUGGAGGAACUCAGCCCUGAGAGCCGCGUUGUCUACGAGCUCCUCCGCUACAAGAUCGUCAGCGACAUGGACCAGAAACUCAAGGAGCAGGCAAAUCGCUUCUCCAUUCCAUGAGCAAACUUCUGGAGGCGAAUAACGGCAUGCUUGAUAGCCUCAUGUCGGUGCGGGUGUAUGGGAUCCGUGAAGAGCUCACGCCCGAUCUCGAGCAAAUCAAGGUGAGCCUAUACAAGCAAGAGACCGUGGAUCCAGGCCUCAAGGGGGCGGGAGUUCAUCAUCGUGCAAUGCUGGUCAUGGUCGUGCCGUCACCGACAUCCUUGGCUUCGACAAUGAACACCGGGGGAAGGCCCAUAAUGUUAUGUUCCUCCCCCGGUCAGAGAAUUGAUGCGAAGAUCAGUUCCGUCUCUGGGGUAGUCCUAUGCAUAGGUGGAUUUCCAUGGCCACGGCUCAAUUUGAAGGUGCUGCUGCUAGGUGGCUUGAAUCAGUGCAAAGACGAAUGCCCAAUUUCAGUUGGACUGAAUGGCCGUAUCAAACUCUUCACAGAAAAUUGUUUCGAAUCGCUUCAAUCAGUCCUGGGGAGGAUUAUAGCGGGAUUGCUCCAACCAGUUCUGUGGAGGAUUAUGUUGAGCGGGAUUGCUCCAACCAGUUCUGUGGAGGAUAUGUUGAGCGCUUUGCUGAGCUCUAUGAUCAACUCACUGCCUAUGAGGAUGCUCCUAAUUCUCUGCACAAGCCCAAGGUUGCAUGAGGAAUUGGGAGAGGGUUAAUUGCUUUGUAUAGAGAUUGUUUUUAGUUUAGUAUAAAACAGUAGGAGCCUCUACCACUUGCUGAAAGUUCCUUAAUUUUUUUUAGCCCUCUUUGGAUGCAAAGUUUUCUUUGGAGUUCCGUAGAGAUAUCAUGACUAGAGAAACUAUAGUUGUAAAUGCUUCAAGAUGUUUGAAUCAAGUAAAUGUCGCAGUUC